AUGAACAAUUUUCGAAUAACCAUUGUUGCGUUCUUAGCCGUUCUUGUCUUCACCACAACUGUUACGAAUUCUUUGGAUGAACCUAAUAUGGACACUAUAUCCAAAUCCAGAGAAUACAAAUGUAAAAUUGACCUGGAUUGUUCAAACCACAUUGCAUGUAGGCAUUGUUCUUAUCGCAAUUGCAAAUGCGAUCAUGGAACCUGUAAAUGCAUGCCAUGACUCUUAACCCACAAGGCCACAAGCCAUUGAUCCAACUGCAUCUUCAACUCGUCUUAAUCUCUCCUAUAUAUGUACUCUUUUGUUUGUAAUGCAAAAGAAAAUAAAACAUAAUAUUUUCAGUUGAUAAACUACUAAUGAAAUAUUAUACGUCAACGAAAUUUAGUAUAUAAACUACAAAACGGCAAAAAUAGCUUUCUCGAAACCAACAAAGUUAAUUGGACAAACGACAAAAA